AUGGUCUUCGCACUGGCUUAUAUAGGCCAAUUACUACUCGGAGGCCCAGCUCCAGAUACGAGCCAAGUAUCGCUAGACACACCCUCCUUAUUCGCAAUGGCAGAUAUUCAUGGUGAUUUCCCCCGCGCUACACAAGCUCUGAUGCACGCUGGCGUCAUCAAAGACCUAAGCUGGGCAUUACCAAGUGGCUCUCGGUUCGUCCAAACGGGAGAUAUUGUCGAUCGUGGACGUGAUACACGACAGCUAUACCAUUUCAUGCGUAAUUUGACAGCGCAAGCAGAGGCGGCUGGUGGAGAGGUGCAUAAACUGUGGGGGAACCACGAGUACAUGAAUGCCUUGCUAGAUUGGCGCUAUGUGGAUGCAGGAGACUACAAGACUUGGCCAUCACAAGAAGCAAGAAGAGCGAGCUUUUCAUCGGGUGGUGACAUUUUUGAAGACUGGAUGCUGGACUAUGCAGUGACGUACAGAGAUCCAGUGUAUCGCGCACACUUCAUGCAUGCAGGUCUACACCCUGACUAUCGCGAUUUCGACAGUGUGGACAACGUCGGCCGUGCGUUCAUGCGACGUGCAGGAGAUGGGCACCGUGAUCAUAGCAGCUGGACUCCACAAGAGGCUGCGUUCUGGUCCAGCGAAGGUCCCAUGUGGUUUCGCGGUUGGGCGCUUGAAGAUGAGGCACAGGCGUGUCGCGAAGCACAAAGAACAAUGGCAAAGCUGGAUGUGGAUUUUCUUGUUGUUGGGCAUACACCACAAUUUGAUGGUGCUCUUGCGCGUUGUGGUGGGCAUGUCAUCUUGCUCGAUACGGGUAUGAGCAGUGCCUAUGGCGGUCCAGCUGUCGUGCUGGAGUUCAAGACAAUUGCAGACGCAUCUGGCAAGCCCCAAGUGCAGCUAGUCUUGCAUUACGACGAUGACAAGAGCCGUGAAAUCGUUGUGGUGACUUAA